AAGAAAACAAGUUAAAAACUCAGCGUAACCUUUAAACAGGUCAUGGAUGAAAGCCGGCGGCUGCAUUGUGGAUCUUUAACCAGCUGAAGCGUCACCGUCAGGAGUACCAGGGAUAUUUAAACAUUUGGGAUUCAACUGUAUGUUUGUGUUAGUACUCCAGCUUUUAGUCGAUAAUUAUUCUACAAUGAAAAGGAGGCAAAGUGGAGAGAAAUCAGUGAAAUUGAUGCUGAUUUGAUUGAGCACCGCUACAGAGGAGGAAAACGGAUACAAGUGAAACGGCGUCGAGAUGAAGGAGAAAUCCAAAACGGCCGCAAGGACUAGACGGGAAAAGGAGAACAGUGAAUUUUACGAACUGGCCAAAAUGUUGCCCUUACCAUCGGCCAUCACAUCACAGCUGGACAAAGCAUCCAUCAUCAGACUGACCACAAGUUACCUGAAGAUGAGGAUUGUUUUCCCUCAGGGUCUGGGAGAAGCUUGGGGUCAUGCGAGUAGAACAAGAUCUUUGGACAAUGUUGGACGAGAGCUGGGAUCUCAUUUACUGCAGACUCUGGACGGAUUCAUCUUUGUGGUGGCUCCAGAUGGGAAGAUAAUGUACAUAUCAGAGACAGCGUCGGUCCAUUUAGGUCUCUCUCAGGUAGAGUUGACCGGGAACAGUAUUUAUGAAUAUGUGCAUCCUGCCGACCACGACGAGAUGACAGCUGUUCUCACGCCACAUCAGCCCUAUCACUCACACUUCGUCCAAGAGUAUGAAGUAGAGCGCUCUUUCUUUCUGCGGAUGAAAUGUGUGCUGGCAAAAAGAAACGCGGGACUUACCAGUGGUGGAUACAAGGUGAUCCACUGCAGCGGCUACCUGAAGAUCCGUCAGUACAGUUUGGACAUGUCACCUUUUGAGGGCUGCUACCAGAAUGUGGGUUUGGUGGCUGUGGGACACUCUCUGCCUCCCAGCGCUGUGACUGAGAUCAAACUGCACAGUAAUAUGUUCAUGUUCAGAGCCAGUCUAGACAUGAAGCUCAUCUUCCUUGACUCCAGGGUAGCAGAGCUGACAGGUUAUGAACCCCAGGACCUGAUAGAGAAAACUCUGUACCAUCACGUCCACAGCUGUGACAUCUUCCACCUCCGCUGUGCACACCACCUCUUGCUGGUAAAAGGCCAAGUCACUACUAAGUAUUAUCGUUUCCUGGCAAAGCACGGCGGCUGGGUCUGGGUCCAGAGUUACGCCACAAUUGUCCACAACAGCCGAUCCUCAAGACCCCACUGUAUAGUCAGCGUCAACUACGUCCUCACGGACACUGAGUAUAAGGGAAUGCAGCUGUCUUUGGACCAAAUGAGCCCCACCAAGCCCGCCUUCCCCUACACUGACAGUCACAGUGAAGACAGGAAGACCACAAAGUCACGUCUGACCCAGGCGAAGGCCAAAGCCAGAGUUUCACCCUACCCGCAGCAGUUUUCAGCUUUCAAUCCAGAGCGUUCAGAGUCAGACCAAGACAGCCAAUGGGGAGGGAGCCCGCUGACAGACUCUGCCUCUCCCCAGCUGUUGGAUCCUGGUGAGGCCACGGAGGCAUCAUGUGCCUACCGACUGUACCCAGAGUCAGGCUCCCUGUGCUACGGCCUGGGUCUAUCAGAAGAGGAUCUCGCCCAUGCUCAAGCGCAUCCUCACACCACCACCUGUGAUCGUGUUCGAUGCCAGAGUGGGCGCUACUUCCUGGGAGCCCCCCAGUCAGGACGAGAGGUGUGGUGGGAUGCCACACGGUCUGUGCUCUCACUGCCGAAAUCUUCCGUGGAGAAUAGCGAGGGCUACGAAAUCACAUCCUACCAUGGAGCCAUUCACGGACGGGGCCACUGGGAUGAAGACAGUGUAGUGAGUUCACCGGAUGGUGGGGGGUCCACCAGUGAUUCAGGUGAGCGAUACCAUGGUGACCAUUUCCGGGCUAGCCCUCGAGAGCCCAGCAAGAUGGAGACCCUGAUCCGUGCCACGCAGCAGAUGAUCAAAGAGGAAGAGAGCCGUUUGCAGCAACACAAGGGGCCGCUGGACAUCUCAGGUCUCACUAAGGCUCAUAGCCCAUGCUUCACCUCCUCCCUACCCCACCACUCCCAGCUCACUAUGCCCAGCGUGGUGUGUCGAGGCCCAGGAGCUCCCAGCAUUGACCUCCCCUCUGAACGCCUCCAUCACCGGGACGGCGUGAAAGUGCUCGGUCCUCAUGACAAUGACGAAAACACGACCAGCCCGGCAUCUCUGUCUCGUCUCAGCAGCCCCAGCUCUGAUGGGAUCCCCAGGUCGGGCCUCUCCCUCAACAAAGACUAUAUGCAGACGGAUCUGUCCCCCCACCCUCCACAACCCCAGGGGAGCCCUCUGCUCUAUUCGGCCCAGGAGAGGCAACCGUUGGACAGGCAAGCAGCUUAUGCUUUGACUGGGUACUCCCUGGAGCACCUGUAUGACCCGGAGAGCCUGCGGAGUUACUCGGGUCUGGCCUGUGGAGGAGUUCAGUAUGAUGUGGCGUCCCAUGUGAGGAUGCAAGCCGAGCAGAUGCAGGGACACAAGGCCACCUCAGUUAUCAUAACCAAUGGAAGCUGACGAUGUCUGAUGCAGAUAAGUCCUGUUCUCUAAAUGAGGAUGUUACAGUAAGGUGGUGAUGUAUGUACAUGCAACACUUAGGUGCUUGAUACAAAAGGCAAAACAAUGAAAAAAAAGGUACCUACACUGGGUUGAUGCACCCUUUGUGGUUCAUACAGCACAAGUUGUGUUCAUCAGGCCUUUGUAUCAUAUGUCUCCCUUUUCUUUGUCAUUGGAGCACAAUUUUCCAAGACUCUGAUGAACUAAUGUUCAUGAACUAAUGUUUGGUACGCCAAGUGGCAUAGGGUGAAGGUUUGCUCCAUUACAUAGGAAUAGAGAGUUAUUUUAAUGGCGGUGAACUGAAUUCCCCUCCCUCCAAAGGUGACUAAGGGUUUGAGUCUGGUUAAACAUCAAGCCAAUGUUUCUGUCCCAAACGUCUCAUGCACCAUUGGCCUUGUUAGUUAAUCUGUCCAGGACACAAUUUCCAAAGGCAGUAAGAAAAUGUGUUCCAUUGCCCCCUCACCUGAAAACUCCAUUGCACAGAGCAUAAUGUUUGACACAUGAGGUGCAACAUGGGAAAGGCAAGCAUUUCACUAUUGUAAGAUGUCAAUGUUUUCUGGUAUUUAUUUGUCAGUGGGCUGUUUUCUGUAUGUGUCAUUUUUUUCUGUCCAAGUAGAAUCUUUACUUGUGGAAUUAGUUUUGGUGUUUGGAUUACACCAACAUUAGGUGAUAAAAUGAAACAAAGUGGAAAAAACAGGAAAGAGAAAAUGCUUCUGAUAUGUAAAAGUGUAAAGUUGGAACUGUUUUAGUGUAUCUGUGAAAUGCCCUCACUUAGAAGGCGUAGAGAUUACAAAACGAACUCAUUUGUGAUCUCCCCAUGCUUGGCAUGAUAUUAAUGACGUACAGUUGUGGCUAAAACAAUAUUGUUUACAUAUCAGAGUAUACAUUUUCCUGUUUUUACCUGACUUAACCUUUACCCAACUUAUUGGCAUACUGUAUAUAGAGUAUGCAUUAAAUCCUGCUCCACAUGCAAUUGUUCUCAAAGAAAACCAUUUGUUUUGUUUUUUUGUCAUGACAGUGGGGUUAAAAAUGAAAUGAUUGACACAAGCUUAUCUAAAAAAUAUGUUGAAUGUCUUUAGUUUCUCUUAUUUAAUUUAUGAUGUAAAUAUCAUCACACAAUGAACUUUUGGA